AUGAUCCGUCGGCCGGGUGAGGAUUGGACGGGGAUCACUGAUCCUGCCUGUCGCAAAAGGCUACAGAAUAAACUCAAUCAACGUGCUUUGCGAGCCCGGAAACGGGUCCAAAAAAGGGUCCACAUGGUGCAGCAGCAGAUGAAAAAUGACAGAGACAGGGUAGAGGGGCGUCGUUAUGCAUUGAUCCUUCCACGGCAUGAUCCAGCAACACAAGGCCCGCAAAAACGGUUGCUUCCACAACCCUCCACGCUUUCAGAAGCUGUAGCAAUGAUGACGUGCUUCAAUAUAACAGCUUACAAGAGUUACUAUGCGGCCGAUCCAUGCCUCGACCAUCUAUUGACCCUGUCCAAGUUCAACGUCCUUCGUGCAUUCGUGGAUAAUAUGACGGUCCUAGGAUGGAGCAUGCAGGCAAUGGAAGAUGACAACGCCCGCUCUCUCUUCACUGGCCACGACACCCCUCCACAUGAUCAUCAUCAUCAGGUUGAAAAAGGGAAAAGUAGUUAUCCGCCGAGCCUCUUGCCCACUACUACUCAACGCUCUAUCCCUCACCAUCCCUGGCUAGACUGUUUCCCGUAUCCACGGAUGCGUGAUAACCUCAUCAAUGCCCCUACCGACUUUAAUGACUGCGAGCUCUGUACAGAUAUGAUGGAUCCUGCCAAUGGGGACAUCGGCAUGAUGGUAUGGGGCGCUCCCUGGCUUCCUCAGAGUUGGGAAGUGUCCGAGUUAUUUGUUCAGAAGUGGUCAUGGGUCAUUGAAGGAUGUCCGGAGCUUUUAAUCUCCAGUAAUUACUGGAGGGCCACACGAGGUUUGAAAAGACUUACUGUGAGGUCUUUUUAA